CUACUCUGAUAUUUAGUCAGAAUUUUGCUUCGGGAUGUUGCACACGUUACGUUCAUUGCCCUUUAAGCUCAAAAAAGGGCCGUUGAAUAAUAAUAGCAUCUUCUCCCCUAGCCGCGCAGGAAUUUUUUUUUUUCUUCCUCAGGAAUGGGCUAAGAUCAUCGUUUAUUCAAUCGGCUCUUACUCCCUUCCAUUCCUCGAGCAUCCUCAAAGCGCAAGUCGGCCUUAAAAGUCGUUCCUACGUAUCCCCUUUCCCCGGGUAACGAGGACCAUGGCCCCAGGAGUAGUAUAUACGGUGGUUGGCAAACCAAGUCCCCGAGAGCUCGAAGACUUGUGUGAUGAGAUCGAUGCGGUCAACGCCUAUCAAGCUAAAGAGCGUGACAUUUACCAGCUUCCUCAAUUCGAUCAGGACAAGGAUAAAUCCCAAUUCAGACGAUACAAUGAAGCCCGUGACCGAGUUAAGGAGUUCUACCUCGAGCAGCAUACGAAGCAAACCGUCGCGUUCAACCUCAAAGCCAGGAAUGAGUUUCGGUCAAAGGUUCGAGCCAGACUCACUGUCUGGGAAGCGAUAGAGAAGCUCAACAGCCUCAUUGACGACUCGGACCCAGACACAGAGCUCUCCCAGAUCCAGCACUUGCUCCAGUCUGCGGAAGCAAUUCGACGUGAUGGGAAACCACGAUGGAUGCAGCUCAUAGGCCUUAUCCAUGAUCUCGGAAAGCUACUUUACUUCUUCGGCGCUGAAGGCCAAUGGGAUGUGGUUGGAGAUACGUUUCCGGUGGGAUGUGCCUUUGAUGAUCGGAUCAUCUAUGGAUCUGAGUCGUUCGAGAAGAAUGAGGACUAUGGACAUGAGAUAUACGGCACCAAAUUCGGCAUAUACUACCCGGGUAUUGGGCUGGACAAUGUGAUGCUUUCGUGGGGUCAUGACGAGUAUCUUUAUCAUGUGGUGAAGGAUCAAUCCACCCUUCCACCCGAGGCGCUGGCGAUGAUCCGCUAUCAUUCCUUUUAUCCGUGGCACGCGGCUGGUGCAUACACGGAGUUGAUGAACGAACAUGACAAGGAUAUGCUAGCAGCUGUUCGAGCGUUCAACCCUUAUGAUUUGUACAGCAAGAGCGACGAUAUCCUAAAUGUCGAAGAACUCAAGCCUUAUUACCUCGAGCUUAUCGAUGAAUACUUCCCUCAGAAAGUUCUCGAUUGGUAACACGCAACACUGGGGUUAUUCUCUUUUGUUCCAACUUUAAUGCCCCUUUUUAGGCGGGCCGCACUCCGUUUUCAAUAUUUUGCUCUGUUGCUGCCACUUCUGCAUUGUGUACGAAUAUUGUGGUGUACAGACACGAAGAAUAUGCAGGCCUUGGGGAGCACAGCCGAAUCGUGGCAUUCGUCGGUUUUCAGAUACUGUGUCACAUAUCCUGCGACCGGUCUUAACACGGCGACGGGCGUAUUGGUGCCCAUUCUCUAGAGAACGGCGGAAGCGCAGCCCUUUUGGCUGAGUCAGUUGACCACUAGUCACUUUUCCGCCCAUCUCGCAGAGA